AGUGCGGCCAGGGCGCGCGCGCGCUGGGUAACAGCAGGUCCACGCCCGGGCGCGGAGUCGUUGGGGUGUGCGGGGCACGGUCCGUCCCCGGUUGUCAUAGUAACGGGCUGUGAGUAUUUGGUGAGAAGAACGUCCUGAGUGGAAUGAUCUGGUUGGAACAUGGCCCCUGGAAAAAGCAUCAAGUACUUGGAACUGGUACUGUCUUGUGAAUGGGAUGGUUGUGCCUUUGUUGGGAAGACGAUGGAGGAGUUCUGCGACCACAUAGCUGUGCACUUGAAAGAGUAUGUCAAUGAGUAUGACAGCUUCGGAGAUUUAGAUGAGUACCAAUGCCUCUGGCGGGGCUGUGGCUUCCUGGCUGUAGAAGGCCCCAAUGAACUGGUGGUGCACGUAAACUUCCACAGCUAUCAUGCUAAGCUGAAGUAUUUUGGCCUGGAGCUGCAGCGCCUACGUCCAGAUCUUCCUGUGUGUUCUCUGGACAACCAGAACCAGAACCUGAUUCCAGAGAUUGCAGAGACCUUCACCUGUCAGUGGGAGCAUUGCGAUAGUACAUUUGACAACCCAGAAUGGUUUUACCGGCAUGUGGAUAUGCAUGGACAGUGCACAGAUAAAGAAACUCUUCCUAACAAAAAUGAAACCAUUUCUUGCUGCUGGAAAGGUUGUGGUGCUACAUUUAAAAUCAAGUUUAAACUUCGUGAGCACCUGAGGAGUCACACACAGGAGAAGGUUGUCUCCUGCCCCAACUGUGGAGGAAUGUUUUCCAACAACACCAAGUUCUAUGAUCAUGUUCGCCGGCAGACCUCAAACGAACAGAAGACCUUUCCCUGUCAGCACUGUGACAAGCAGUUUGCCAAUGAGAGGCUACUAAGGGACCACGUACGAAAUCACGUGAACCAGUUUAAGUGCCCACUCUGCGACAUGACCUGCACUACUUUCUCCUCAUUAAGGACACACAUCAAAUUCCGCCACUGUGAUGAGAGGCCAUAUGGAUGUGAUUUCUGUGAGAACAGUUUUAAGAAUUUGUAUGAUUUGCGGAAGCACAUCGAAACACAUAAUGAUGAACCUACGUACCGCUGCAGCUCAGAUGGGUGUAACUUCAGUGCCCGCAGUGUACAAACCCUGAAACAGCACUACAGGAGAAUACAUGAGGGAGAAACAAAACCUCGAUAUAAGUGCCACAUUUGUGCCAAGUGUUUUUCUUGGGCCUACACAUUAACGAUGCACCUACGCAAGAUGCACCAGCUGAAGUGGCCUUCUGGGCAUGCACGAUUCAGAUACAAGGAGCAUGCGGAUGGAUAUUUGCAACUACAUGUGGUGCGCUAUGAAACAGUUGAGCUGACUCAACAGAUCAUUAAGGACUUGGAGAAGAGGCGUGGACCCCGAAGGAAGGUGACAGAAGCGUGUUUAUAUGCACCAGAAUCCCGCCGCAAAGCCCUCUCUACAAAGCCCACCACUGGCAAAGCCAGCAAGGAGGAAGAGGACUACCUCGCAAUCGCCACUCGGCUGAGGCGUGCUGGGCACCGAGAAGCAACCAACUUGCCAACCAAGCCUUCAGAGAAGGCCCCACAGUUGGAGCAGUGCAACUCUCUAGAGCCUCCCAAAAGGGCUGAGCAGUGUUCAGAGGUUUCUGGAAAUGGUUCUCCGACCUACUCUGGCCUUCAUAAUGUAUCCCAGUCAGCACCCGGGCAUCCUACUGCUCCUGAAAGGAAUGAAGCUGUCUCCUCUCUUGACCCUGUUGAAACAUUGGAGAAGUGUUCUUGGCAGGAGGGAACAGCUUGAUCUGCAAUUGUAUUGAGAUUGAGGGAAUGACAAGAUAGGUUCAGAUGAUAUAUGGGCCCUUCUUACCAGCAAAGGAGCCAGCAAAAGCCAACGCCUAUAUAGAACAUGUUCGAUUUAGAAAAACUACCCAAGACUCUUCACAGAAGAACAAUGAAUGCCAAGCCAAAAAAGGAAAUAUGAGGAUUCUGAAUUAUCAUUCUGAUAUACACCUGAUUAUUUUAAAUGAAGUUCAGUGUCUUGGCCAGUCUUCCUGUCAACCUGCUGUAGCUGUUGCUCCCUCUCUUUAACGGUUACUUUAUCCCAUUUAACAACCUUUAUGAUCCCUCUUGAGAUGUUAUUCUUUCAGCUACAGAGCCAGCACAGAUGUGUGCAUGGAUUUGUGUCUGCUGCACAGAGUAGCUCAAUGAUAUAUUUUAUUCUGACUUUUUUCAAAUUUUAAUUGAGAAGUCACAGAUGGCGUACAUGUCACUCUUGACAUUAGGUCAGAUGUUAGUCUAAGACCUGUUGUCCCAAGCACUGUAUGACAAUUAAGUAGACUGCUAAAUGAGUUCAGGGUUCAGCUUCUGAUCCCUUAGAGGAACUUGGCUGGCUGACUGCCUACUCAUCACUGAGCCAUCUCUGAAAUAGUGCCCUCACUUCUCUUGCAACCCUCUUUGUUUCUCUCCAAUAUGUAAUGAACUUAUCCUGUGAUAUUUCCUCAAUUUAAUCAUCUAAAAAUAAGCUUUCCUUUUGUAUCCACUCACCUUUUCCUUUUUUUACUAAAAAGCAAAUAUGACUUUUUUUGUUAGGACUUUUUUAACUUUUGAAUGAUUUCAUGUGGGGUCAUCUGAGGUUGACUUAUCUUUAAAACAGUUAUAAAGUAGUUUUUUUGUAAUGUUUAGAAAUAUACCUUAUUUAUAUCACAGUACUGCCUUCAUCAAUAGCACAGAACCACCCCAGCAUGAGAGAUAAAUAGACAGUGGCUGAUACCAGUGUAAUUUUUAAUCUUGCUUCAACUCCAUAUACCCUUGCUUAUCACCGUGUCGAUGGUGAUGAUUUCUGCCCAUUAGUGUGAAGUUGUGACUGAGGCUUUGGAAACAUUGUCCAUGUGUAAGUCCAAACGUUUAAUUGAGAAUGGGGAGAUCUGGCUGUUUCAUUACUGUCCUUCUGUAAAGGAAAUAGGCAUUUAACCCUUCUGUGAUCUGUAUGUGUGAUUCCAGUUCCACAUCAAUACAUAUGUAGACCUACAUUUUGCGGAUGAUUGCAGUGUAAUUGUCCACACUGCAGCAGAUUUGCUAGCCACCUUUGAUCGCUUUAUCAUACAAAAAUCUUAGCCUGUCCUUGAAUGUUGUGAAAACAUCAACUCACAGUUGGACAACCAAAUAUUCCACAUGCCACACAUGUUGAAGGAGAGACUCUGGGAUAUGUUGAACACUUUCCAUAACUUUGUGGCACCUGCCUUGAAUGGAUGCCAUUAAUCUGAUCAAAAACUCAGCUGUACUGGAUCAGCCUUCUUAAAAAAAACUCCAGCAGCAAUUGUUUUGGGCAAUAAAAGCCUCUGCAUGUCAACAAGUAUCCUCAUGUACAAAGCGGCUGUCACCACACUCCUGCAUUCCAACACAAUGCCUCUCACCCUGUCAUCCAUUUUUAAUUAGGGGAACUGUUGAAUUAAUGCUAGUGUCCUUGAAGCUGGCUCUACAAGCAUUCAGGCAAAUCACCACAUCAAUUCGAUUCACUGCCAGGAAAUUAAUUCUUAUGUCCAGUGCUAAAGAGAGAACAAAUAAAUUGUUACAAAGACAUUCUGAAGCUAUCCUUGAAGCGCAGCUUUAGAAAUGGGGAGAGCUGGCUAUCAUCCAUUUAAAACAGCCACAGUUUGUCCCUUAUGUAACCUUGUGCCCAAAUGCCUUCAUUAUGAGGUGGAGCAGAAGGAGAGAAAGAAAGAAAUGGAAGCAAAUGUGCACCCUGUAUCCCACUGCCUCUUGGGAUGUCCUGCACCAUGUACUGAAAGAUCUGCAGAUUGAGAAUCACUCUAUACAAACACAUGAAAACUCACUGCAGAAACUCUCAAUCCUGAGUAGAUGACAUCCUCAAAAUCAAGGGACAGCUAAUGAAUGUCUUUGACACUUAACUGCCUGUUGGUACUGCCUAACAAGUUAUUUACAAAGUGAGGUGGGCAAUAAAUGCCAGGAACUCUGCAUAUUUCAAAGUAAAGUCAUUUUAAAGAAAAUAUUUGGGCCAAAGUAGCCUCAUCUUUUGCAGGACUGCUAUAACUGGAGCCUCAGGAAACUAUUCAAUCUCGUUAAAUGGGAAUUACCCUGGUCAAUUCACUUGGGCCUCGUGAAGGUUCCACUGUGCUUGUUGAACUGCAGUUUUAACCUGCUUUUUUAGCUCCUCCAUGUUUCUAGGACAUGUGUGGCCGAUAAGGUGUGAGACUUAUGUCAUCUAUACUGGAUUUAACUUGUGGCUGAGCCCCAGUUUUCCAAUCAGUGUGGCAGUGCAGAACCCUUCAGUCACUUUGCACCUUCCAGAAACCGAACAAUAACAAAAUGCCACAACUGCUGUUUGUCUCCCACGCAUAAUGCCACCAGCAACAUUUUAUCCUGAUAAUGCAACAGUUUAUACAGAAGCCCUUGGAAACUGCUCCUUUUUUCAUUCCGCUCACUCCUCCUUAAAAAUGAAGGCUGGACUUGUUUCCAAGGGAAGUUGCCAAGUUCCCAAAGCCUGACAGGGAGCUUUGAUUGUUGAUUGGAAGUAGAAAUUUGGGUUCUGUGCAAUUUUGUUGAAGUCAUGCUAAAUAACAUUGCCACAUUGUAACUGGAAAUAAAAUGGCAGUGUGGUAGGAAGCGUUUGAUUUUCAUUUCAGGAAUUUUAAUAUAGCUUUUUGGAGAAGAAUAAUGGGCUAUCCAGUUUUUAACCUGAACAAAGUGACAGACCCGUUUCCGACAUCGCUACUUACUUUUGUGUUCAGAUUACAGCCUUGAUUAUGCACUGGUGCCUUCUGUAUUAACUUUUAUUGACUUAAUUCUGUAAAAUUCAUAAGUAAUGAGCCUGUAAAAUCUUUCAUCAAAUGGAAGAUUUUUAAACUGUGAAAAUGACUUAUGAAUGCUUUUAUUUUAACACGACAUCCUGUCAAAGGAAUAAAUUGUAAACUGUGUUAUGAUGAUAACUGCAGCAAUACCUUUGUGAACUUGGUGGAAUAUCUCAAUACUAUGUCCUCUUGAAUAGCGGAAGACACCCAGUAUUGUAAAACUAGAGUCUGAUGUUGUAAACAUGAGCAGUUUAUAAUGGCAGCAUGAAAUAGGUGGCAUUGAAAAGAUUGCCACUGGUAACCAGUGACCAGUUUAUGGUGCUUCCAGCCCUAUGGUGGAGCUUUACUGGUUAAUGGAACCUUCCAGUAUGCAUGUGAGGCUUGCAGUAUAUUUUUGUAAUUAUGAAUGGGGGCAUUUGUCUAUAUACUGGCCUCAUUGUGAUUUUGUUGAUGUCUGUUGCAAUUAGUGGGCUCAGUCAGUUUGGUGACUGCACUGUUAUAAAUAUGAUUCACCUAGAACUGACUGAGGUGGGUGUAUUUUAUGGUCCUUCCCAAUAGUGUGCCUCAUUCAAUGGUACACUCCCACGCAGUCCUGCAAGUGCAGACUUGUAAAGUUAUCACUUGUGUGCAUAACAAAUGUUUAAUACUGUGCUAUUUGUUAUAACGUUUGACUCGGGGUUGCAAUCUAAACUGUUUAUAACAAGGUCUCUGUAGCUAGAGACGCUAUUGCUGUGUACAAAAGUUUUGAUAAAUCAGUGUUUAAUUUACUUGACAGACAAGCCUAAUUCUUAGUCACAACUAAAACCUUGUAGGUUCUGUGGAGGAAUUUACCAGCUGUGCACACACUAAGCUCACUUUUCCUUAAAGAAAUUUAGGGAUGGGCAAUAAGUCACAACCUUGCUAACAACACCCUUGACUUAAGAAAUAAAUUUUGAGAAGUACACAGUCUACUCACUGCCUCUUUAAACAAACAGUCCUGAUCCUUUAAGGGCACUCAGGGUUCGCUAUAUAAGAAACAAAAGUAUUGUUGAAUAUUGAAUAGGCAAUAUUGUGCCUCAUCCAAUCAUGUUUUGUGGAGCCACACCCAGUAAAGCAGAAGAAUUUUUGUUAAAUUGGAACUACAUGUUCAUUAUGAUUUCUCUGUUAAGAGCAAUUUAUAUGCGUUUUGAAUUGGAUAGGACAUUCUAGCAGUGGGUGUUUAUAUUGUGAUCUCUCAGUGUCAAGUGAUAAGUUCUCUCAUUUUGUAAUCGGCCAAUCCCAUUCUUCUCUCCCUCUAAACUUGCACUGAGUUUGAUGAGGCUUUGAUUUCUUUGGUUAAAACCCAGCAGUUCCAGAGAAAGGCAUUCGUUUACUGCAUUCGUUAAAUGGACCUUCUGCCAAACUUGAGAGUUCAAAUAUAUUUUUGUAGUUUUGAGUGAAUCACAUUCGGGAUCAGAUCUGUGUCCUUAUGAGCAAUUACUUUGUUUUUGCUGCCAGAUCAUGAAUACUUGCUAGCUGCAGUUCAGCUUUAAUGGCUAGAGUGUACAACUCUAACUAACCAUUCAUGACUUACAGUUCAGACUGCAAAUAUUUGGGAGUCGACUCAACUCUUGUAUGGUUCCACCCUUGCCACAGCCCCAGUCUGCUAAGGUUAUUAAUCAUACCAUUAGACUAUGUUUCUAAAGUGCCCAGUGGACCACUUAAUGAAAAAAAAAGACUUGAAAUUCUGCAGUGCCUUACCGUACUUCCUGUACAUGUGCCUAUGAACUACUUCACAAACUGUGAAUUGCUUAUGGAGUUGCCAAUUAUAUUGUCAGAUUAGACAAGCCAUGUUACUGAAGCAUUUUCCACAUCCACUUUCACGCAUCCCAGAGUCUUAUUCGAAAUAAACAUCCUGCCUUUGAGUAGUGAGCUGCUUGUCUUCAGUACUUUGUGUAAUCAGACUCUGAAGUUAAUACUGGUUCACGUGCAAAUUGCACAAC